GCUCUUCAGUCUUUUUCCUUGAAGAAUGAAAGAUCAGAAUCAACGACAACUAAAACAAUGUUAUACAAGAAUAUCAGAAGUUCAGCACCUUUACAAAAAAAGAAAUCUUCACAUGGUCUUCAUGGGGUGGUUAGAAGUUCUGGGUAUGGGAAACCCACUUCACUCUCAAAACAGUCUUUUCCAGCUCAUGAAAAGAAAACACCAAAAGAAACUUUCAAUAAGACCAGUGUGAAAGCCAAAAGUCCUGCAAAUAGAGGAAGAUCUAAAGAAGCCUUGUUUGCUACUAGGAUAAUAAGAUCUGCAAGAAAUGAACCAGCUUCGAAGGGAAGUAUUAGCAGAGUUAUGUCUGGCCAAUCAGUUAAUGAUCUUGGACACCAGGCUGUGGAUCAUUGCGGGCAGUAUCAGCAUGAUUUAUCAUUUUCUCCUAUCAAAAGCUAUGAUAGAGAACUAUAUUUGCUAAAACGAGUGCAAGUUGCAGAGGAGGACCUGAACACAGCUCGUGAUUUGAUUCAACAGCUAACCAGCACGGUUUCACAAAAAGAGAAAGAAAUAGAGACAAAGAUAGUAGAAUUGAAAACACAGCAUGAAAAAGAGCUUUCUCGGCUGGGUCAGGAAAAUUAUGUUCUUCAGAGUAAGUUAAGAAGUAUGGAAGAGCUGACUAAAGAAAAGAGAUGGACCCAUCACACAGCAGCAGCUCCUGUCACUGAAGAGAAACUGGCACAAAUACAAAAAGAAAUUGAUGAUCAAGAGGUCAUUAUUCAAGGUUAUCAACAGGAAAAUGAGAAGUUAUACAAACAAAUGAAAGAGCUACAGAUCCAAAACAAAAAAAAGGAGGAAGAAAUGUUUAAGGAGAAUCAGUGUUUAAUGUCUGAAUUAAUAGCCCUAAGAGAAAAGAUAGAGAAAACUAAUAAUAUCCAGUCACGGAUCAUGCAGGAUUCUGAACCAGCCAGAAAUCAGAGUUUCACAGAAUUGAUUGCAGAGCUUCGAGCAGCACAGAAGGAAGAAACUAAAUUACAAGAAGAGAUAAGACGUCUCAAACAAGACAAGCAAGCUCUUGAGGUAGACUUGGGACAAGCAAAGAAGGAGAGAGAUUUAGCAAAAGUCCAGAUUGUAUCCACAUCAGGUGAGAAGUCUUAUGAAUUUAUAGUUAUGGAAGAAUCAUACAAACAGGAAAUUAGUAAUUUAAAAAGAAGACUUCAGUGGUAUGCAGAAAAUCAAGAUCUUCUGGAUAAAGAUGCAGCCCAUCUUAAAGAUGCAAGAGAAGAAAUUGAGAAACUAAAACUAGAGGUUGAGAAGCUCAGAGCUGAAGCUGGAGAUCAGCGUGUGCAACAGAAGCAGCGUUUGCGAGACAGAGCAGCAGAUGCUAAAAGAAUUCAGGAUCUUGAGCGACAAAUCAGAGAAAUGGAAGGAAUUUUAAAAAGAAGGUAUCCAAAUUCUCUGCCUGCUUUGAUUUAUGCUGCUGCUGCUGAGAAAACUAAUGAUCUUUCAGCUAAAACAAACACCGUUGAUUUUUUGGAGAGAAGAAUAAAAAAGUUAGAAACAGAACUUGAAGGUAAAGAUGAUGAAGCUAAAAAAAGUCUCCGUGCCAUGGAACAACAGUUUCAAAAAAUAAAGAUACAGUAUGAGCAAAGACUUGUAGAGCUUGAGCAACUACUUGCCUACAAAUUUCUGAGGGAAUCACCAAAACUGAAUGGUGAUAAAGCCGGUUCUACAGACCUUGAACGGGAGCUUCAGAAUCUAAAGAAGACCCAUCAGAUCACCGUUAAAAACCUCCAGACAGAAAUUGAAAACCUUAAAAGUCAAAAUGUGCAAUUAAAACUCAGAAGUAAAAGGGAUAAUAAAGACGUAGAGUCCACAGACUCUCCAAGGAAACAAGGUAACACAAAAGACAGACUGCUAAAACUAACUGAAGAACUGCUCACCAAAAACAGAGAAAUACAAGACCUUACAAAAACUGUAGAGAAACUUCAGAAAGAAAGGAUGGUGAUGUUGUCUGAUAAUAAUUUGAGAAAUAAAACCAGUAAUAAGGAAAACUCUACAGAGAUCUUGAAAAAGAAUACCUCAGCAACAGCGAAAAGGAAUUCCAGCAACAGUGAACCCUUUGUAAGCAUUUUCAGCAAUGACAAAAUAUACCAACCAAGUACAUUUUCUGAUUUUAAUAUCUCAGAAGUUCUGCAAGAAAAUGCACAGCUGAAAGAGGAGAUAGAAAGAUUGUCUCUAGAAAUGAACCAGCAGAGGGUGAAGUCUCAAGCAACACUAGCUUAUUCUGAAAAUAACAUACGGAGGAUACAGGAAGACACAGCAGAAUAUAUUGCAUCUCUGAAAGCUUCCCAUCAGAGGGAAGUGGAGAAGAUUCUUUGCCAACACGCAAAGGAGCAUUCGACUUCUAAAGUAGCUGAACUAAACAGCAGAAUUUCAACACAAGAGAUACUAAUACAACAUCUCCAAGAACAAAUCAGGGAACAGCAGAGACAUCGGGAAGCCCUUUUAGUUUCACAGAUGCGGGAGGAACUCCUACAAAAAGAGGUGACAAAAUUGUUGGAAGAAUUGAGAGAGGCUAAGGAGAGCCAGAGUCCUGAAAUGAAACAUUUCUUGUGCCUGGAAAAGAAAAUCAAGCAUAUAGAGACCAGACAUGCAGAAAGAGAGCAAGAAAUUCAAAAGGCAACCCAACUAACACAUCAUCUUACUGAAGCCAGACAAACCCAUGAGGCUGAGAAGUGGCGAAGACUGGCACAAUGGAAGAAUCAAGAACUAGAGAAAUUCCGAGUGGAAUUGGAUUCAAUAUUAGAUGUUUUACGUGAACUGCAGAAACAAGGGGUUGUUAUUCCUGCACCUAAUUCCAGCGGAUUCAGCAUGACAGACAGCUGUUGGAAGACAUGAUUAGGUAGGAGCUGAUUACAGAAGCAGAAUUUU